AUGGCUACUAGCUCCCUUGUUCAUGACCUCAUCCACAAAUUUGUGAAUGAGCCUCUUCCAUUGCCAUACGAGCAAAUUCCAAUGCUUAACAAGGCUAGAAACUAUAUUUUGAAUUUUACCUUUGAAAGGGAUGAUCCAUUCCGUAUGAAUCAAUUCUUUCCAACCACUUUUGUUCCUAUUGCACUCUAUCUUGUGAUUACAUUUGCUUUAAAGAAAAUCUUUAAAGGAAGACCUUUAGAUUUCAAGACUAAUCCUCUUUUGUAUGCAUUUGGAUUCGCUCAUAACGUGAUAUUGAGCUUGGGUUCUUUGAUUAUGUUUGCUGGUAUGAUGUACGGAUUUUUGCAAGUCGCCUUUACUUCAUAUCUAGCAAAUGAAACACCUGGACAAUCAUUCCUCAUUGGAAUUUGUAACAGUAACGGCACUUUUUGGAAUAAUAGAUACGGUACUGCAUUUUGGAUUUGGGUAUUCAUGGUUAGCAAAUGGUGGGAAUUUAUCGAUACAUUCCUCUUGUGUCUCAAGGAUAAACCUCUCCAAUUCCUCCAUGUAUGGCAUCACGCUACUGUUCCUCUCCACAUGUAUCUCAUGUUGAUUUCUGAAUGGGACCCAGCAGUGUUUGGCUUCUGCUUCAACGCAUUUGUUCACAUCAUCAUGUACUACUACUAUUUGCAACAAUACAGAGGAAUUGAUUGUUGGUGGAAGAAGCUUGUCACAAUUAUUCAAAUUGUGCAAUUCGUAGUUUGCUUUGUUAUCUUAGGAGUUUCAAUGAACAGCCAACACUGUGAAUUGGACAGCCAAUCAUCUCGUAUUGCUCUCUCCUCAACAUUUACAUUGUACCUCUCAUACUUGGUUUUGUUCAUCAAAUUCUAUGCUUCAGCUUACUCCAAAAAAGGCAGAAGAAGCACUGGUGACAAGAAGGUUGAAGCCGAAGAAAAGAAGAUGCAAUAA